AUAAUGAUUAUUGAGGCUAAUUCUUUGUCUGAAGAAUUAAGAGGUGUUUCAAGGUAUGAAAAAGUAACAACAAAAAUAAUUGCAAUUAGGUUGCUUAUGUAUCAAUAUUUAUGAUUGGAUUACUUAUUAUUAAAACAGAUGAUGCCUACAUUACGUGUCAAACCUCAAAUGAAUUUUAAGGAAUAAUUUGGGAAAUGGGCUUGAUUCCUUUGGCUUUUAUUGGAGAUAUUACUAAAAGUUUGAACAUCAAUCUUUUUAUUGUUGGAUUGGUUUAAUUUUUGGCCUGCCAAUUAAGACUUCAAUUUACGAUGAUUUAUUUGCUCUACAAAAUUCUGGGUUAAGGGAAAAUGGUAUCAUAAUUAAUAUAUUUAAGAGACUUAUAGUUUACUUUACUUAAUACCCUUGAUAAUAAACCUAAUAUUACCCUAUUAGAAAGCAAGUUUCGCCUUUGUAUAAUUUGUGUUAGUAUUAUUGAUCAUAAUGUUAAAUAAAACACUUAUGCAGUAGAAACAACACAAACCCAAAAUUAAUAUGAAAUUUUAUGCUAGUAGAUUAAUAGCAUGUAUUAUAUUAAUGCAAAAUUUGGAUAUGGUCAAUAGUAAUUUUUAUGAUAAUCAAGUGAUAUUUAUGAGUAUUGUAUUUAUGUUUACAUUAGUUCUUAGUUUACCAGUUGUUAAGAUGUUGUGUAAUCGAGUACCUGAUAUAGCAUUUGCUAUCUUAUUCCUCAUUUACUUUUAUCUAAGCAAAGGUUACCCAUUUAUAUAAAAUGUGUUGCAAGGGUUGCUUGUUUGCUUUGUGAUUGUAAAAGUCCUACCCGUUAUAAUGGAUUAAAAAUUUUCAAGUACCUUUAUUCUCAAAUAUAAUUAGUGACCAUUUCGUUACUUUUGCCAAUUAUUAUACUGAUAUUCCCUCUGUCAGAAUAUUUUUUUGUGUUUCUAAUCUUCCUAACUAUAAGCGAACCACCAUAAAACUUAUAUGAGUAGAUUGAAAUAUGA